UCUUCGACUGCCAAUUGCGAUGCGAUCGUUUCAUAUUUCCUCUGAAAACAAAUAUAAUAUAUCCAAUUCCAAUCUCCCAAAAUUAUCAUUAUCAUUCAUUCAUUCAUUCACCUUAAUUCCAUGACCAUGCCGAUAACUCUCUUACUCGAAGCCAACCCCUCGCACUUCAAGUGGAGCCAUUUGCCUGCACUUCCACGCCUCGCAAAACCCCACAAAUUCACUGCCAUACCCGACUCAAAACGACGCCGUCCUUCCGCAUGCCUCUCCUGGCGGAACCCACAGAACGCCUCCACCUCGCAAUCCCCCUGGGACCUUCUCGCCACCGCCGUCUCCGGCACGCUUAAGGCGCUCAAGAAACCCGCCCUAGCCGCGCUCUUGGUGGGCCUCCUGUUAAUGUACCAUCCAAAUUGGGCUUUCGCGGCCUCGGGAGGCCGAAUGGGAGGGAGGUCAUUUUCCUCCUCUUCUUCUUCUUCAUCGUCCAGGACUUACUCCGUGCCCAGGACGUCCGGCCCAAGCCCAGGCUUCUCUUUCUCCGCGCCGUAUUAUGGGCCUUCUCCCUUCGGCGGGGUUUAUGUUGGGCCCGCCGUAGGGGUCGGAGUGGGUGCGGGCUCCAGUUUCUUUUUCAUCUUAGUGGGAUUCCUCGCUUUUGUUUUGGUCUCUGGCUUUCUUUCGGAUCGCUCCGAGGGUAGUGUGCUCACUGCUGCUGAUAAAACCACCGUGCUCAAGCUUCAGGUUGGAUUGUUGGGGAUGGGUCGCACACUUCAAAGGGAUCUGAAUAGGAUUGCAGAAGUUGCUGAUACAUCAACUCCAGAAGGUCUGAAUUAUGUAUUGACAGAGACAACCCUAGCUUUGCUUCGGCAUCCUGAUUACUGUAUUUCGGCAUAUUCAUCUGUGGACAUAAAGCGGGGUAUUGAAGAUGGGGAGAAACGUUUUAAUCAACUUUCAAUUGAAGAGCGGGGGAAGUUUGAUGAAGAGACACUGGUCAAUGUUAACAACAUAAAGAGACAAAGCACAAGAAGCCAGAGAACGAAUGGUUUCAGCAAUGAAUACAUAGUGAUAACAAUCUUGGCAGCUGCUGAAGGAGUACAUAAACUUCCCAGCAUCAAUGGAAGUGGAGAAUUGAAGGAAGCUUUGCAGAAACUUGGAUCCAUUCCAUCGAGCAAAUUAUUGGCAGUUGAGGUGUUAUGGACACCACAGAAUGAGAACGAUACUCUCUCAGAACGGGAGUUACUUGAAGAUUACCCACUUUUGCGGCCUUUGUAAAUUGUGAUGGUAGGCUAGCAUUCUGCUUCUAGCCUCCUAGAGCUAUGAACUGAAAUUGGGUUAUGAUUGCUCAGUUAAGGAUCAUCUCCAGCAAUACUAAAAUAAUAACAUUAAGUUAAAAGUAAAACUACUGAAUUGUCCUGCUACUCAAUCUGCAAGACAAAUUUUCAGAUGCGGCCGACGUUGUAUCACUUGCAAAGGUUCAAUCUUAGACAUUUAUGGGAUUAGUUGUAAAAAUUACCCGUAGGAUUAACUCUAAAGAAUAUGUACAAUAUUAUAGAAAAUCAUUUUAUCAUUGAAAUAGGUGCACUUUCUGCUUAGAAAUUGCUCUGCGGUUAAAUUCGGUGAACUUUUCCAGAAUUUAUUCGUGCAUGACUCUAUUGGAAUACAUUCUUUAAGAACUUUUAAGUUUGGGAAGUGAUGAUCGUAAAAUAA